AAGGACGACUCACACAGACAUGGCUCAGCGGUUUCCGCAGGGCUCUCUGUCCUGUCCCAUCUGUUUGGAGCUACUGAAGGAUCCAGUGACGACUCCCUGUGGACACAGCUACUGCAUGAAGUGUCUUAAACACUACUGGGACCAACAGAAGCACAGCUACAGCUGUCCUCAGUGCAGAGAGAGCUUCAGCCCCAGGCCUGUCCUGCGCAACAAUAUAGUGUUAACUGAUUUAGUAGAACAGCGGAAGAAGACUAGCAGAUUAGCAGGUUUAGUACAGCAGAUGAAGAAGACAGCGUCCUCUGCUGCCUUCUGCUAUGCCGGACCUGAGGAUGUGUCCUGUGAUGUGUGCACUGGGAAGAGGCUGAGAGCUGUCAAGUCCUGUCUGCAGUGUGUGGCCUCUUACUGUGAAUGCCACCUACAGCCUCAUUAUGAAGCUGCAGCAUUUAAGAAACACCAGCUGGUGGCGCCGUCUGACAAGCUCCAGGAAAAGUUCUGCUCUCAACACGACAAAGUGAUGGAACUAUUCUGCCGCAGUGACCAGCAGCUGCUCUGCUCCCUGUGUGUGGACCAACAUAAGGGUCAUGACAUAGUGUCCACUGCCUCAGAGAGGGCUCAGAGGCAGGCAGAGCUGCCGGCCAGGAGGGCCCUACUGCUCCAGAGCCUCCAGCACAAAGAGACAGACCUGAAGAGGCUCCAACAGGAGGCCCAGGACAUCAGUCGCUCUGCCCAGACAGCAGUGCAACGCAGCAACGACAGCUUCAGAGACAUGGCCCUUCUCCUGGAGAAAAGACGCUCUGAAGUGGAGCAGCAGAUUCGCUCCCAGGAGCAGACCCAACUGAGCCGAGUCCAAGAGCUCCAGGACCAACUGCAGCAGGACGUGAGGGGGCUGAAGAGGAGCCUCUCUGAGCUGGACACACUGGACCUCAUCCAGGAUCAUAACCAGUUUAUACAGCGCUACGCUUCACUGUCCAAACACAUACAGAGCACAGAGCCAGCCACCAUUCACACAGGGGACCGGGGAUACUUUGAGGAAGUGACCAGAGCUGUGUCCAAGCUCAGGGACACACUCCAACUCACUCUGAGUCCAGUCCAGCCUUCACUGCCAACAACUGAACCCAGCUUCAGAGAGGACUUUUUACAAUAUUCUACAGAAAUCACUCUGAACCCAAACACAGUUAACGCAUGGUUGUCCCUGUCUGAUGGAAACAGAAGAGCAACAUUUAUGAGUGAAGACCAGAGUUAUCCAGAUCAUCCAGACAGAUUCAGUCACAGGUGUAAGGUCCUGAGCAGAGAGAGUCUGACGGGCCGCUGUUACUGGGAGGUGGAGUGGAGCGGGGGGGGUGUUUAUAUAGCAGUUUCAUACAGAGAGAUUCAGAGGAAAGGACGCUCGGAUGAAUGGUUUUUUGGAUACAAUGAUAUAUCCUGGGCCUUAGAGUGUAACAAAACAAGUUGUUUCUUUUGGUUGAACAAAGUCAAGUCCAAGGUCUCAGGUCCUAUCCGGCCCAAAAUCGGGGUUUACCUGGACCACAGUGCAGGGGUUUUGGCGUUUUACAGCGUCUCUGAAAGUACCAUGAGCCUCCUCCACAGAGUCCAGACCAGGUUCACUCAGCCUCUCUACGCUGGGCUCGGGUUUGGUGCUGCUGGAGACACUGCACAUUUCCCUAAACUCAAAUAGCAGCUUUGUUCUCCACAGCUGGGAUCAUAUCUGUGCCUUUUCUUUAAACAAACUAGUUACAUCUUUAAAAGACUCUUUAUUUGGACUGUCCAAAAAAG